GCUUUACAGAAGCUGAUAAAGGGCAAGGAAAUAGGUGCGAGCGAAGUGGUACAGUGGAGGAGAAAAUGGCAUGGCUUCUUCCUUUGAUCCAUAUCUUCCUCUACUACCUCAUUGCAAGAGCUCCAGUCUCCAGUGGCUGGGGAAUAGAGGGCCAUGUCAUGGUCUGUAAGAUAGCACAGGAACAUUUCACUAACUCAACAAUGAAUGCGGUGUUAGAGUUGGCUGGGGGAGAAUUAGCACCGUUGUGCCCUUGGGCUGAUGAUGUUAGAAAACAGUACCGUUGGUCAAGGACUCUCCACUUUGCUGAUAGUGCUGGUGACUGCACUUUCCAGUAUUCAAGGGAUUGUCACAAUACCAAAGGAGAGAUAAACAUGUGCGCAGUUGGAGCAAUCAACAAUUAUACCAGACAGCUCCAGAAACGCAAAGAUUCAUCAAAUAAUUAUAACUUAACAGAAAGCUUAUUGUUCCUUUCCCAUUUUGUGGGAGAUAUCCACCAACCUUUACAUGCUGGUUCUGAGCUUGAUUUAGGAGGUAACACCAUCAAAGUGGAGUGGUAUGGAAAGAAUACCAAUCUUCACAAGGUCUGGGAUGAGGAUAUAGUAGAGAAAGCCAAGCAGAAAUUCUAUGAUGAUGAUAUUGAUACAAUGGUUGAAUCCAUUCAAAUUAACAGUAGAGACAUUUGGUCAGAUGAGAUUGAUCAAUGGAUGAAUUGUUCUACCAAAAACUUUACUUGUGGAAGCAUCUAUGCUUCCGAGAGUGCCCGCCUGGCCUGCGACUAUGCUUAUAAGGACGCCAAGCAAGGUUCAGAUCUUGGAGAUGAAUAUUUCAUCUCUCGUCUUCCAGUAGUGGAGAAGAGAAUAGCACAAGGUGGAAUUCGCUUGGCUGAGAUACUGAACAAAAUUUUUGAUGAUGAUACUGGUCAGAAAGAUCAGAAGCUGCUCAAAGAGAGAAGAAUUGGCGGUGUUUAUCAAGCUUAAUCUGCCUCAUGCCAUGAAAAACUGCUUAUUUGGAAAGAAAUUUGACCUUUAAGUAGUUUUUUUUCCUGAGACAAUGAAGCCUGGUUUGGAUAGAUUGAAGUGAAGAAAAUUAAAUAAAAUUCUAGUGAUUAUGGACAGAUUUUGAACCUA